AUGCAGCAGAAGUUACUCCCUCCGAACUCCCAGUGCAUGAUUGUUGUCAAUCUUCCGGAGGCUGAGGCCACCACCGCCCAAGAAGGCGAGGCAAAAGCGGUUCUCCAGCGGACCCACAAGCUGAAGGAAACUCCGGUGCGGUUCCUCACGGAUCUUGAUCCGGACCAGCGCAGUAAACUAAAAACUGCAUUGGAGGAACUCAGGGAGCGCCGUGCAAAAGGGAAAUUGAUCGGUGUGCGCAUCGGAAGCGCCCUUAGACUUCUGUACGCUUCCUAUGUCAGACCAAGACUUGUACAACGUGCUGCCACUAGACUUAUUAUUGGACUACGCGGGACUAGCUAUGAAGGUCUGCUCCCAGUUGCGUAUCGUGCCCCAGGGGAGACCUCAUCUAUCUGA